AUGGCGCUGGCUUUGCUCAUCACGAGUCCCCGUGGCCCAGUCACAGGAGGUUUGGCGUCCUUCAUCCUCCUCCGGAGGCCCGACCUUCCCUCUGCCAUAAGGAGCUUGAUCCUACAGAGGAAAGCAAACAUCAGAGACACAUCCAACACGGCUGCGGGGUUCCGGCCAGCCAGCUUGGUGGUCCUGCACAGGUCCCUGGUGCCAGCCUUCGAGAGGUUCUGCCAGGCCAACAGUGGUCCUCUGCCCCUGCUGGGCCAAAGUGAGCCAGAGUAGUGGAUGUGGCCCACCCUGGGUGCUGUCCCAGGCAUCAGGACAGUCUGUCCCCAGUUCCAGAAAUAUGAAUGUGGUGACUGCGCGGGCUCCCUGAUCUCGCUGGGGGAGUACUUGGAGCAGCUGAAGGACAUGGUGAUCUUCGUCUUAGACUGCAGCUUCUCCCUGGAAAGGGCCUUGGAGAAGGUGGGGCUCCCCGGAAGAGACCCAAAAGGUCUCAGCCACGCAGGAGCAUACCAGACAACAGUGCCUGGUGCCCCUGUUGCUGGUUUCUGCUGCCCUCUGGUGGCCACAAUGAGGACUGUUCCCAAAGACAAGCUGGAAAGGCUGCUGCAGGCCCCUUGCUCCAUGGGAGGUGACCAAGGACAACCCUUUCACAUCGGUGACCCAGAACUGUUGGGAAUCAAAGCACUCUCUAGGCCUGACUAUGGGGAGCCCGUGGAGUGGCGGCCAGGGGACAUCCCAGUGUUCUGGCCUUCUCCACUGACCAGCCUCGAAGCUGUCAGCAGCUGCAAGGCUCCAGUGGCUUUCACCAGCACUCCAGGACGCACGGUGAUGACCGCCCUGAAGGAUACAAAGACUCGGACCAGCUGUCUCAGCCCUGAGGCGACCCCAGAGGUCCACCACGUUUCCCCAGACCCUCUGCACUGUAGCAUUGCAUCAGCUUCCGCCGUUCAGAAGAUCAGAGAACUGGAGGCGACCAUCUCCAUAGACCCAGGCAAUCGAGGAAUCGGGCCCCUGCUCUGUCAGGAUGAGCUGCUGAAGGCCUCUCUGUCCCUGUCCCGUGCCCACUCAGUGCUGAUCACCAUGGGGUUCCCCACACAUUUCAACCACGAGCCCCCAGAAGAGACAGAUGGCCCUCCGGAGCAAUGGCCCUGGGCACUUCCUGCAGCCUUGGAGAAGGAGGUCUCCAUGGUGGUCGGCCAGAGAGCCUUCAGCUUGCCCAGGAAGCUUGUUGAAGACGCUGUAGAGCAAGGUGCUCUGAAGACACCGAUCCCAAUGUCAAUGACCAAGGUGAGAAGACGCUCGCAGGUCCUGGGCAGAGACGGGGACCCAAGUCACCCAGCCCCUGGCCACCACCAUUCUACCUUCUGUCUCUAUGAUUUUGACUCCUCAAGAGGCCUCAUAGAAGGGGGUCUUGCCUUUUUAUUUGACCACCUGGUGGCCACAGAGCGCGGGGAGGGCUGCCGAUGGCAGGCGGGGAGGAUGAAGAUCAAGCACGUGGUCGAUGCCACUGACCACCUUUUCCUCGCAGCACAGAGGAUUCCUGGAGUCUCUCCAGCUGAAGCUGAGCACCAGCCGGUUCCUAACCUGUUGGCUGACCACACACACCCGGAGGACCCCAAGGCCCUCCCUGGGUCCCAGCGGGAAGCAAAAAUGUUGGACAUCCUGGUGCCGCACAGAGUCUGGAGUGGAGGCUUGGGUGUCUUAGGCAUGGAGGUGGACGGGCUCCCCUUCCACAGUGUCCACGGAGAUGAUUAGAAGCUGGUGGACACCACCAAGGCACAUGUGUGA